GGGAUAAUUCAUAUGUCAAGUAGAUGAGAGCUAUGGCGAAAACUUUAGGUGUCCAAAAAGAUCGACUGGGUAUCCAUUUUGAGGAUUGCGACAUCUAUUUUCAAAUGACGUGUGCGCCUUUUCUGGGCACCAACAAUUUUGGCCACAACUCUUAUCCACUUGCCAUGGAUUAUCACAGAUCUUAUACUAAACAACUUUUAUCUAGUAUCGAGUCGUUCACUGAGCAUCAGUGAAUGUAUUGAAUCGAUUUACAAAUAAGGAUCUGUCUCCACUUUAUCUACAUAAUCCAUGUUAAUAGCAUUUUCCUGUU